AUGGAAAACACUACAUCUCAAGCACAACCAAAUGGUGAGGAAAUCGAUAGAAGUAUAAGUUCUAGUAGUAUUGAUAGUCUAGCAUCUAGUACAUUAAGUAAAACUAGCAACAAUGAUGUGUCUCCCACUAACAGUACGUCAAAUAGUGCACCUAACAGUAAAAAACAUGUUAGAAUUCUUACCAACAAGGAUUCUCUUUUAGAUGAUAAGGAGCAGGGUUUAUACAAAACUACCAGUUUCUUAAAGAGGCCAUUGAGUGAUACGCCGGUUGGUAGUGUAUGGAACUCUCCAGGAACUUCAAGGGAAGAUACGCCCAAUGUUUCAAGAGAAAGCAGUGCGAUGAAUCUGUUAAAACUAAAUAAAAUCAAUUCAAAUACAGAACCAUCAAUAAAGGCUCUUUUGAAAUCUAAUCUGAUUACUGGUAACUUACAUUUACAACAUGGGUCAACUCCGAACAGAUCUCCAAAUAAAAAUAACGAGAAUAAUAUUCCUUCUGGAAUGAUAUCACCAUCUAGGUUCACACAUCCAAAGAAAAUUCCAACCACUUUAGAUGUCCCAGGGUUAACCAAGUCCAAAACUUCACCAGAUGGGACUAUCUCCACCGAAGAUGCGGGUUCUAAACUAAUUAUUAUUAUGGUUGGUUUACCAGCAACAGGUAAAUCGUUUAUUACCAACAAAUUAUCACGUUAUUUGAAUUAUUUAUUAUACUAUUGCAGAGCCUUUAAUGUAGGUAACACAAGAAGACAAUUUGCGAAAGAGCAUGGUUUACAAGAACAAGAUUCGACGUUUUUUGAUCCUGAUAAUCAAAAAUCAAAACAAUUAAGGGAAAAAUGGGCCAUGGAUACGUUACAGGAACUGUUGGAUUAUUUGUUAAAUGGAAAGGGUUCCGUUGGUAUUUUUGAUGCAACUAAUACUUCAAGAAAAAGAAGGAAACACGUCUUAAAUACUAUCAGAGAAAGAUCAAAAGACAUUCAAGUUUUAUUUUUGGAAACAGUCUGUUCAGACAAAUUUGUGGUAGAAAGAAAUAUCCAAUUAAAAUUAUGCGGACCAGAUUAUAAGGGUAAAGACCCCACAACAUCGUUAAGAGAUUUUAAGGAAAGGUUGAGCAACUACACCAAGGCCUAUGAGCCGAUAGAGGACUCCGAGGAUAUUCCUUACAUUAAAAUGAUUGAUAUUAGUAAGAAAGUUAUAUCUUACAAAAUUCAGGGGUUUUUGGCUUCUCAAACAGUAUAUUAUCUCUUAAACUUCUCUUUGGCAUAUAGACAGAUAUGGAUAUCAAGAAAUGGUGAGAGUGAGUAUAACGUUUCAGGUAGGAUCGGUGGUGAUUCACAUUUGACUAAACGAGGAGAAAAAUAUGCGUUAGCAUUAACAAAAUUUAUCAAUGAACGCAGGGAGAUAUUUCAUAAUGCGGAAAUUGAGAAACAAUAUAAAAAUCCAAGGAGAGACGAGGACCAUCAAGUUAAUGAAUUUUUUGUUUGGCACUCGCCACGUCGUAGAUGUUGUGAAACUAUUAAAUACUUUGAUGAAGCUGAUUAUCCUACCAAAGAAAUGAAAAUGCUAGAGGAACUGAAUGCAGGUAAUUGCGAAGGUAUGACUUAUGCAGAAAUAAAAAGGAAAUAUCCAGAAGGUUAUGCAGAACGUCAAAGAGAUAAAUUACGUUACAGAUACCCAGGUAUCGGUGGAGAAUCUUAUACGGAUGUGAUUAAUCGUGUUAAGUCUGUAAUUACUGAAAUUGAAAGAAUUGAAGAUAAUGUUUUAAUAGUGACUCACCGUGUGAUCGCUCGUGUCUUAUUAGGAUAUUUCUUAAAUCUAGGAACUGAUACUAUCGCUAACUUAGACAUUCCUUUACACUGCGUGUAUUGUUUGGACUUAAAGCCCUACGGAAUUUCAUGGACUUUAUAUGAAUACAAUGAGGAAAAAGAUAGUUUUUACAAAGUCCCUGAAUCUGUUCUGAACACCACUAAAGUCAGAGAAAUUAGCCUCGUAAAUAAAGAAAGAAGAUACUCUGUAGUUCCAACCGCCCCAACUACAAAAAAUAGAUCUGUUUCGAACCCUGGUCCGAGAAGUCAGUUAGAUGAUUACAAUAAUGGAGUAUCAGAUGACUAUGAUGAAGUUUCUACACCUGUUGGCUCUGAAAUCAAUAAUACAGACAGAGGGGGGAAACCCAUUCGAUCAAAAUCCGUCAGGAAAGAUAUGAAUCCAAGAGCAACAUCCAAUUCCAAUACAGGUUAUGUAAAAGCUGAAGAUCGUAAAAAAGAAAUUCAAUUCGAAAUUGCCGAAUUAGAAAGAAGAUUAAAAAAUCUGAAGGAGCCUUCUCGAAUUUCUGAGUAUUGUGAUGAUCAGGCGAUUAACCAUGAUAACGAUAAUGAUAAUGAAAACAAUAGUUAA